AUGCCUCCACAUCAACCCGCCGCCGAGCCGCAAUGGCCUCCCCGAUCUCCUCACGAAGCCCUCAUAAGCACCCCCGGCGGUCGCGAAAAACUACGUCGGAUGGCCGAGCGGACCUCACCCUCGCCGUCGCCCUUGCGAAAAUCGAGAGCGAUGAAUAGUACAAGAACCUUAUCGAAUGCCUUAUCGCUGGGGAACGAGAUUGAUGACGAAGGGGACGAAGACGAGGAGACUCUUCAGCUUAAAUUACAGGAGAUCCAGGCUCGGUUAAAGCUGAAGAAACUACAAAGGGAUAAGUCGCAGGCCCGGUCGUCGGCAAGCGGGAGCACGGCGACGACGUCGAGCCUGGGUUCGGCGCCACCACUCGCGAAGGGCGAUGCACCGGGGACCAAGGCAGGGCCGAAACCAGGCGACACCGAUCAGCGACCAUCCGUACCCACCGUUAUACCUGCCUCUCCAGUUCGCAGAGUCCAGCCGCCAUCCGCGCAAACAUCACCGAGCCGAGUACUCUUAGGUAUCGACAAGGGUCUCAGGGCGAAGGAUGUUUCGUUGAAGCGGGCGCCGAGCUUGCGACGGCCUACCGAAAAUCAAGCGGCUGGGAAUAAAUAUCUGAGAACCUCGAAGACGAACCAUCACGACUCUUCACAGUCUUCCGUUGAAGCGCCUCGUCCUAUGAGCUUUAAUGAAAGACUUGCUGCUGCAAGAGGAGAGGAGGAAGAACGCCGGGAACGUCAGGAGAGGAUAAGGAAUAUUCGGACGAACGCUUUCGGGAUAUCGAAAGACGAAAUGGACAAGUACAAGUCGGCCGCAGUGAGCAUUCCCGACGAGGAAUUACGUCCCCCGGAGUUCUCGCGCACCGAUAUCUUAGGUGCACAGUCUAACCUGGCCGGAGGCUUGAGGAGAAGCAACACUACAUCAGGCGUCUCUUCACAGAGAGAGCAACAACUACAGUCUGGAGUGGCUAACGAGAACAUGGCUGGAAACAAGCCAGAAGAACCCAAAGAAUCCGAAAGCGCCUCGUUCGAAGUGUAUUCGUCCUUUCACCUCUCCAAACGAAUUGUACCCCACCCAACUCUCGCGCGGCACCUCAAAGGGAAGGCGAUGUUUGGGAUUAAGGACUUACUGAAGCAGGUCAAGUCUCCCGAUUAUGAGCUGCCGGAUCUCGAAGAGGAUAUUGUCGUCUUCGCAAUAGUUGCUAGCAAAUCGGAACCUCGAUCCCACAAAGCCCCGGAAAAUGGUGGAACGAAGAACCCCGAGCGGACGAAAUACAUGGUCGUCACAGUCGUCGAUCUCCAAUGGGAACUUGAGCUAUUCCUAUUCAACUCGGGAUUUACUCGGUUCUGGAAAAUCCCUGAAGGAACCGUGAUUGCCAUACUAAACCCCACCAUCAUGCCACCGCCCGCGUCCCGAGCGCAUUCGGGCAAAUUCAGUCUCGUCAUCAACUCGGACGCCGACACGAUUAUCGAGAUCGGAACAGCGAGGGACUUGGGCUUUUGCAAAUCUAUGAAGAAGGACGGAAAGCUCUGCAACUCGUGGGUGAAUAAGAAGCGGACGGAAUUCUGCGAGUUUCACUCCAACGAGAUUGUAAGGAAGGCUCGCUCGACGAGGAUCGAGCUUAACCAGAUGGGCUUUGGGAGCGAGUACAGGAAGAAACCGACGGCUAGGAAGAAUUUCGAUCCGAUGGCGAUGUCGAACGGGCGUGGAGCGUACGAUCGCGAGACGCACAGUCAUUGGUAUGCGACCAAGUCGAUGAGCGCAGCGGAUCUUAUCGAUGGCGCGGCGGAUAGGAAGGAGCGCGAGGAGGCGUUGAAGCGUAGGCUGAUCGCUAGGGAGAAGGAACAGCAGAUUAUGAAGGCGCUUAGCAAGACCGGGAGUGGGACGGGCCAGGAAUACAUGCGCACCGCGGGACGUAAGGCUGGAGCUAUAUCGUCGUCAUCGGCGGCGACCUCGGCGUGCUCGACCCAACAAUCCGCACAAGAAACGAAACCCCCCGAUGCGAGAGAGCUCGGCCUCCUCGCGCCAAAGGGCGCCGAGACGUCCAUACGGCUAAGCCCCAUAAAACGGAAGCGGACAGAUAGUUCCCUGUCCUCGCGAUCAGGUGGUGGGACUGUGUCGGCGCUCGGGUGGGGUACUUCGUUAAAGGACAAGCUGGCGCGGAUGAAGGAAGGCGAGAAGCUCGUGCGGGAAGAGCCGCAAUCCCCCGUGAAGAAGAAGACGCGUUUCAUCACGGAGAAGGGGAUACGCGAGGCGGGGAGGGAGAGUCUCGGGGAGGAGCUGAUGAGUCGGCAGGUGGUCUUGGAUGAUGAUGACGAUGACGAGUUGGUGAUCCUUAGGUGA